GAAAAGAUCAGCGUCUUCAGUAACCUCACGACAUUUGGCGAUCUCUCCUCCAUCGCCUACUUUAGCAUUGACGCUGAACACCAUCAGGAUAAUAUACAUGAACAACACGGUGAAGGAUAUCCAAAAAAGUGACACACAAACUCAGAUCAGUCCCACGAAAUCUUCGAAUCCUGUGGAGGAUGAGAGUGGGAAAUUAUUUAUAGCUGUGAAAACAGAGAACCUCAAAUAUCGCCUAGGCAACCAGAUGUUUAUUUAUGCCGCCAUGUUGGGCAUUGCACGAGCUCAACACAGAGAGGCAUUUAUUGAGAGCGGGAAGACCCUGGGGCAGACGUUUGCAGUCAGUCACGUGAACAGCCGGGUCAACGUGACCGGUUGGCAAGUCAAGGCGGUGAAAAAUUACGCAACCUUUGACCCCGAGGUUUUCCACCUACCGAAAACCAACAUUUCUCUCCAAGGAUUAUUUCAGUCGUGGAAGUAUUUUCUUAACAUUCAAGACGAGAUCAGACGAGAGUUUACAUUCCACCCACAUAUAAGGAAAAAAUCAGAAGCCUUCUACAAGAACCUGUUGAAAGAUUGUCAAAAUUGUACGUUCGUUGGGGUCCAUGUCAGGAGAGGAGAUUUUUUAACUGCUAAAAACAAGGGGGAAGGUUUUGUAACAGCUUCACGAUCGUAUUUUAUAAAAGCUUUCAACUUAAUCAGAUCGAUAUUGACCAAUCAAAUUGUUUUCAUCGUCGGCAGCGACGAUCUUGAUUGGUGCAGGGUUAAUUUAAAUAUGACUGACGUCAUCGUCCUGAAUCCUGACGUCCAGACGGUUCACCUGGCGAUUUUAUCGAACACAACUCACUCGGUCAUCUCCACAGGGACGUACGGGUGGUGGGCGGCUUGGCUGGCCAAUGGGAUCACGGUGUAUUAUAACAGGUACCCAAUAGCUGGAUCCAAGAUUGAUAGAGGCUUCAAUAAAGCUGAUUACUAUCCCCCGACGUGGAUUGGAAUAGGAGACUGAAAUUAUCUUGAAACGUAAUUUCAUAAUAAUCCAUUUUAUUAU